UUUUCUUUUCAAGACUGAAGUUAAUGUAAACGGAUGCAGUUUUUUCCCUCUCCCUUUAGAAUCUGCUGGAGUAACAAAGAGUAAUUUUAUGCAGUGUGAGGGACUUGAUUUCCAACAGGGAGUGGUCUGAAGAGGAGCAGACUGACCAGAAUAAACUAUAAAAGCAUUGAUCGCUGGAAUUCUGAAGGCUGGAGACGGAGCAGAGAACACGCAGCUCUCAACAUGAACUUCCAGGGCAUAUUUUAUCAUCUCUGUUUCUUUCACACUGCUCUGAGCCUGCAGCAUUUGAGGUGGUGCACUAUCUCUGAACAAGAACAGGCCAAGUGUAAUGACAUGAGCGCAGCUUUCACUGAUGCUAAGAUCUUUCCCAAUGUAUUGUGUGUUAAUGGCGGCUCAGCCAUUAACUGCACCCAUAUGAUCAAGAACAAUUUGGCAGAUGCGGCGACAUUGGAUGGUGGCACCAUUUAUCAAGCUGGAAAGGAACAUAAUCUGAAACCUGUAGUUGGAGAAGUAUAUGAUCAAGAAAUUGGCACUUCAUACUAUGCAGUGGCUGUUGUCAGAAAAAAAUCCUUCAUUAGCAUCAACAGUUUGAAGGGCGUAAGGUCAUGCCACACAGGCAUCAACAGAACAGUUGGGUGGAAUGUUCCUGUUGGCUACCUCAUUGAUAGUGGUCGCAUGUCAGUGAUGGGAUGCAAUGUUCCAAAAGCUGUUAGUGAAUAUUUCAGUGCAAGCUGUGUUCCUGGAGCCAAUAAUGUAAAUUACCCAAAAUCCCUCUGUCAGCUCUGUAAAGGGGAUGCAUCUGGGCAGGACAAAUGUGAAAGAAAUUCAAAAGAGCAAUAUUAUGACUACAGCGGGGCUUUCAGGUGUUUGGCUGAAGGAGCUGGAGAUGUCGCCUUUGUGAAACAGAGCACAGUGUCUGAAAACACAGAUGGCCAGACUCCUUCCUCAUGGGCCCAAGAGCUUCACUCCAGAGACUUCCAGCUUCUCUGCCGUGAUGGCAGCACAGCUGAGGUUACAGACUGGAGGAAAUGCCACCUGGCCCGAGUCCCAGCUCACGCUGUUGUCGUCAGACCUGACACCGAUGGGUCACUCAUCUUCCAGAUGCUUAAGCAGGGGCAGCAAAGAUUUCAGAUGUUUGAUUCUGUGGCUUACAAUGCAAAGAAUCUUCUCUUCAAAGACACCACCACAGAAUUGGUUCAAAUCACAAAUCAGAACUACCAGGCUUGGCUGGGUGACGAAUAUAUGCAUGCCAUGCAAGGCUUGAGCUGCGAUCUCAGCAGGUUACCAGAAAGCCUGCGAUGGUGCGUUGUGCUCACUGAGGAGAUCUGGAAAUGUAGUGAAAUGGCUGUUGCCUUUAAAAAAAAGAACUUGAAACCAGAGAUCCAGUGUAUUUCAGCCAAGACAACAGAACAGUGUAUGGAAAUGAUCCAGAAAAAAGAAAGUGAUGCUGUAAGUGUGGAUGGAGUUGAUAUUUACAUAGCUGGAAAGAUGUAUGGCCUAGUGCCAGCUGCUGGGGAAAGUUACGCUGCUGAUGACAACAGCAACAUGUACUAUGCUGUGGCAUUAGUGAAACGGAACACCUCCAAUGCUUUCACCAUCAAUGAUCUGAAAGGGAAAAAGUCCUGCCACACAGGAUAUGGGAGAAUGGCUGGAUGGAACAUCCCUAUUGGUGUUCUAAUUAAAAGGGGCUUUAUUAGGCCCACAGACUGCAAUAUUCCUCAAGCUGUGAGUGACUUUUUCUCUGCUAGCUGUGUGCCUGCAGCCAAGAUGGACAAUUACCCAUCAAAACUCUGUAAGCUUUGCAUUGGAGAUAACAGUGGAAACAAUAAAUGUGAUGCAAGUACCCAGGAACGUUAUUAUAGCUACAGUGGAGCCUUCAGGUGUCUGAUGGAGGAUUCUGGUGAUGUGGCCUUUGUCAAGCACUCAACAGUUUUUGAGAACACUGAUGGUAACAAUGCUGAUUCCUGGGCCCUUCACUUACAGUCCAGUGAUUUCCAGUUACUGUGUCCAAAUGGAGCCCGUGCUGAAAUCACUCAGUUUGCUCAGUGUCACUUGGCUCAGGUGCCUGCUCAGGUUGUCAUGGUCCACCCAGACACCAACAUUUUUGCUGUAUAUGGACUACUGGACAAAGCUCAGGAUUUCUUUGGAAAUGACAGCAAUGGAAAUGGAUUCAAAAUGUUUGAUUCCUCAGAUUUCCUAGGAACAGAUUUAAUCUUUAAAGAUUCCACCGUUAAGAUUGUACCAGUAGGAGAGAAAACAACCUAUGCAGAAUGGCUGGGGAGUGAAUACAUACAUUCUUUUGAAGGGAUGCAAUCACCACAGUGCUCUGGGGCAGCUGCAAUAUCCAUGAACAUCGUUGUGCUGCCAGCAGCUAGUGUCCUUCUGAUUAGAUUCUACUCGUGAUCAUUAGGCCGUUCCUUGGAUUAACAGAUAUUCAGCAUAAUAAACUGAAAUACUGGUAAAUAAUAAUAUAAAUAAGAUGAAAUAAAACUUGUAAAAUGAAUGAGAGACGCAUGUGGAGAGCUGCAGAAUUAUCCAGGCAAUUCCCUGAUGUUCUAUAUAUCCAUAAAGGUAAUGGGAGAUCUGGGAGGGUGGGAGAAGGAUGCAGUUUGCAGCCUCAUCCUGGCUUCCUUCCCUUUGCUUCCCUGCCUCUCUUACCCUUUCCAUUUGUUUUACGGAUGCUGUUCCCAGCCAUGGCACUUUGAUGCCAAAGGAAAUAGGCUCCAAAUACAAUCCUGCUGUUGCAUGUCCUGAGAAUAGACUCAGGUUUCUGAUACCCACAACUAUGGAUAAUUUUUGGUCAUGUUUUUUUUUAAAAGGUGCCCUCAGAAUUUAAUCCAAACUUUUUCAAGUUGUACAGUCAACCUUUCCUGAUGGAAAAGAUUAAAGGCCUAUCCCUGUGGCCUGGUAGCACUCUCCCAUUUGUCAUUCUCAUUGUCACAGGGGAGUACCUGAAGUGGGCAUAAUUUCUGUAUAUGGCCUUGAAUCACACACACCAUUUUUGUAUUGUUCUGAAGAACUAAAUUUCAGUUGAAAUACUUACCGAAUAGGAGCUUCAUGGAUAAGCAUCUUCCUUUGUAAGGUUUCCUCUUCUCUUCUCACCAUCCCAUUACUUACUCUCUUCUUGUAGUGUAGUUCAGGAUAAAUUCAGCUUACCCACUUCUCAUUUGGGGAAUGUGAAGUUUUGGUUAGGUUAGUAAAUCUACUUCUUUUUUUUUAACCAUUAUACCACUUGCUUUCCUCCCACUUUCAAAUGACCUGAGUUAUGAUUUCUGUUCCUUAAGCCAUGAAGAGUUCCUUGCGACUCUUCCAUAGCCAAGUGUCCACCCAGGCCACAAAGUGCUGAGUUGCUACCCUAUAGUGCUCCCAAGUCCUGAUUGAAGAGAUUAGGAGUCAGACUCUGAGUCCCAGCAUAGCACUGUCACUCACACGCUGGGCUCACUCAAGACUAAAACUUUUGAGUGGUUUUUUUAAACACACUUUUUUCUCAAAACAACUUUUUUAGUGACAUGGAGCUUGACACACAAACAACUAUAUAAAGUCCCCAUAAAAGAGUAUAUUGGGAACAUUAAUGGCCUGCUCAGUGUCAAGCUGAGUCACAAUGGGACACAAACAGCUGCUAAGAUUAUGAUAAGAAUGACCUUACUGGGUCAGACCAAUGGUCCAUCUAGCCAAGUAUCCUGUCCUCUAACAGUGACCAAUGCCAGAUGCGUCAGAGGGAAUGAACAGAACAGGGCAAGUAUCAAGUGAUCCACCCCCUGUUGUCCACUCCCAGCAUCUGUAAGUCAGAGGUGUAGGAACACAGGGUUGCAUCCCUGACCAUCAUGGCAAAUAGCCAUUGAUGGACCUAUCCUCCAUAACUUAUCUAAUUCUUUUUUGAGGCCUAUUAUAGUCUUGGCCUUCACAACAUCCCCUGGCAACAAGUUCCACAGAUUGACUGUAUGUUGUGUGAAGAAGUGCUUCCUUUUGUUUGUUUUAAACCUGUUGCCUAUUAAUUUCAUUGGGAGAUCCCGCUUCUUAUGGUCUGCAUGUCUUUCUGUACAAGAAAUCAGACAACUGCAAUAUGUAUAUGCAUUUGUGUAACUAAUAUUUAGUUGUCAGGUCAGUGUGCCUGCUUCUUAAGGGAUCCCCUAUUUCAGCAAUAAUAAAGAAUAAUAAUAAAGAAUGUUUUUAAACACACAUCAGAGAGGAGAAUUCUCUAUCAAUGCCUCCAUCAUUCUGCAUUGACGGUGUUUGUAAGGGACAUGAAUAUUGGCUUUAAAUGUUUUGCUGUUUCCCCUUUGCUUGUGGAUAAUCCUUUUAAGAUCUCAAGGUACUUUUGCAGGUUCUCACUCCCUUUUCUAAGGCUAUUCUCUCCCUGGCUUCCCCAAGUCACACCUAAUAAUAUUGGCUUUGCUGCCCAUAUCCUUCCAAGUGUAAGCCUCAUGUCUGAAGCCCUAGAGAGUGGGGACUUUACUAUUGACACAACUGGUGAAUAAGGAGAAGAGUGCCCCAGAGAUUCUUGAGAACACCAAAUGAAUAGGCCAGCCUCAUUCGCAUUUCGGUUAUGUGACAAUUUGGGGCAUUUUAGUUAAAAUAAAGUUAAAUUUUGCGUUUGAGGAAAUAAAAUACUAUUAUUCUUGGUGGAAAAUGGAAGAACUGCACCAAAUAUGUCUGGGGCAAGGAGUCACCCUGACUAGACCCAUAGUCAGGCACUCGUAGGGAAGGGAGCCUGGACAGACCUGACAGAAAAGAUAGAUUUUUUUCUUCCAUGGGGAGUGUGUCUCUGAUGAUGAGGACUCUGUUAAGGGUUCUAUAUACUACUGAUCCUUUUCUGAAGGCUCAGCACAGAGGUAGUCUCAAGAGAGCAGAUGGCUUCAAGGCAACAACCAGAGCUGAAGCAGAUGAUAGUGCUGAGGUACCUUGGACUGAAACUGUAAAAAGCAGAGACUCUGGUGCAGGUCUUCAUACCCAGCAAUCAAAGCUGAAAUAACUUCAGCUGGGUUGGGUAGUAGAGACCCCUGAAGAACACUAGCCAGCUCUUCCCUCUGGGGCUAGAGAAUGACCUGCCAGAAUUCUUGGACUCCACCAAUCUUGGCCAACAAACUGUGAGUUGGGAAGUUGGUGAUGAGGGAAGUGACUAAAAUGCAUUAGCCACUCACUACUGCAAGAGAUGGACUGAGGUUGGGACUAUUAUUAAAAAACACAAAAGGGAGGGGAAUCUUGUUUAACAGAUAUUGUUAAUUUAUUAAUUCCUAGCUUUCCCAAAUUCAUUCUGUUGUCUCCCGUACCCCUAA